AGCCAGGAGGCGGGCGGGGGCGGGCGGGGCCAGGCAGGCCAGCGGCGGCGGCUGGCCCCCCCUCGGGCGCGAUGAGCGGCUCCAACUCGGCCCUGCGGCCGGGCGAGCGGCCCAAUGAUCGCGAGGACGACCCGAGGGACUGCAACCCGAUGUUCAAGCGGUUGCCCGCGGAGGUGACCGCGAGGCGGAGGCCGGCGGAGAGGCUGCACACCGGGCCGACGGAGGCCGCGGAUGCCACCGUCGACCUGGAGCAGGUCGUCCAGCGCAAGCCCGAGGGCCGCGCCAAGUGGCUGGCGAAGGCGCGGCCUGCAGGUCCUCUACGACAUUGUGACCGCGCAGCGCUUCGCCGAGGACCUCACCGACAAGGUCGGGCGGAAGAUGUACAGAGCGCUGCACGCGAAGCUCUCGGUCUUCUCCUCGAAGCAGCGCAAGUAUUUGGAAAAGGACUGCUCUCUUGCGAGGAGAUACGCGGCGACGGCGUUCAAUGGGGGCCAAAAGGAUUGGACGAGGGCGCCCCCGGCAACCCCGGCGAGGCGAAGGGCAGCGCGAUGGAGGAGAUGAUGCUGAGGGUUCAGGCCUUCGUGAAGGCCAAGGAGUCCGAGAAGGCCGACGGCGAGGGCGCCGGCGCCGGCGGCGCCGCGGCCGCGGAGGAGCCCGCGGCCGCGGAAGAGGCCGCGGGCGCGGCCGCGGACGGCACCGGCGCUGCCGGCGGCAGCGGUGCCGGGGGCAGCAGCGGGAGCUCGCCUGCCAGGAAGAAGGAGCCAGCGAAGGAGACAAGGAGAAAGCGAAGGAUAGAGAAAAGGACAAGGAGGACAAGGAGAAAGCGAAGGAUAGAGAAAAGGACAAGGAGCGAGACAAGGAUUGAGAAAGCGAAGGGCAAGGACCGCGCGCGCGGCGAGAGCCGGGACAAGGAGAAGUCGCGGAGACGGAAGGCGUCGUCUUCGUCACGCAGCUCCUCCAGCAGCGGCAGACGGGCCAAAAGAGGCAAGAGCAGGGACAAGAAGGCCACGAGCAAGAAGGGCAAGGCCAGACGAGACUCCUCGUCGAAGUCCUCGUCCUCCUCCGGGCGGCGGGACAAGAAGAAGCGGCGCCGGUGAUCCGGCGGUUUCUCACCCCGUACCCACGUGAUCGGAAGGCCGACUCGGGCGAGAGGGCCCGGAAGCGCUUCACGGUGCACCCACAGCCGAAGCUGAGGCCAAAAGGCCGAAGAGCACGGACGGAUGGAGAGGGCAGUACCUCGUUGAGCAGUGCUGCAGCCUCCCUUGUGCACAGGCCCCUUCCCCAGCGGUUCUUGUUUGGGGAUGCAAGGGGCGGGUUAUGCUGGAUAUGAUGCGGUGCCACCAAGCAUAGGCCCAACGUGAAGCCGGAUAUGGUGCGCUGUAGUGAGAUGCCAUACAUCAGUGCAAUGCGACAUGAUGCACUUGUGCCCCUUGCUGUAUUGCAUGCAAUGCGCCACCACGCUUGUUCCAUUUGUUGCAUCACUUCGAGAUGUGUACUUCGGUGUCCUGAGUGGUUGACCGUGUUUGCCCUAGGAUGUCCUCGCGGUGGCGGCUUGUCCUCGCGAAGACGUUUUUUUUUACCCGAUUUGACCGACCUCGCGUUGCUAUCCGUUGCCCUCCACGCUUCCUCCUCGUUCCGCUCCGGGCUCGCCCCGAUGCCUCCUAUAUGCGGUUGACUCUGGAUCGGCGGAGAUCCUGAGUCGUGCCUCUGUUGGAAA